AUGUCUCUGAAAGUUUUGUUAACGACAAUCUACGUUGUUUUCGUGUUUCUCUGUAACAAUCAAGUGACAUCGACUGGUAUUCACAGCCUUCGUUAUUAUGGCUAUAAUACACCAAUGGAGAUUGAACACAGAUAUGAUGCAGAUUUAUUUUUGAAGGGGACAGAAACCUCACCGAAUAAUAUCACUGAGGUCACGACAAACGAAGCAGUUAACAAAUCAUCAAAGAAUAUACGGUUACCUCAGACUGUAUUUCCACAUUUCUAUGAUCUACGCCUUCAAGUUCACAUUCAUGGAAAUUCUGAUACUCAAGACUUCUAUAUUAAUGGAUCUGUGACUAUAAAGAUUCAGUGUUUAGCAGCAACUGCAGAUCUCUUUGUUCAUGCUUAUCCGAAUCUUAAUGUCAGUAUGGAUCAAAUCAGAGUGAGUGAUUCAAUAUCUGCUUAA